UACUACCUAUGCAGCCUUGAGAAUGAUCUUAACGUACCAAGAGGAGGUGUAUGUCGGGAUGGUUGUCGGCCCGAGCGGGGUUGAAACCACGUGGUGUUGCGUUAUGGAGGGGCUAUGCACCAGGCGCGCCCACGGACCUGCACACCUCAGUCUUUCCACUUUUCGCCACGGCACGUCUUCGAAAUGCCGUGAUUCCGGCUUCACUUUCGAGCUCUGGACAGCACGUACUGAAGCACAAUCCAAGUCGUUCGCUCCCGUGGGCCCCCUCAAGCGGCUUCCUUCCUACCAGCCCUCAACUCGCUCAGGAUGGAUUCUCUACCGCCCGAACUCCUGUUGUAUAUAUUCGAAUUCCUGUAUCCCCUGGACGUCUCGUUCCCAAAUGCAUCGUCUUCAACAAGCUAUGAGCGCUCCAGCGACCUCGCCCGGGUCUGCCUCGUCUCUCGGAGAAUCAACCAGAUUGCUACGCCUAUCUUGUAUCGAUCCAUAGAACAAGCGCCAGGGAGAACACCGCUCUUUUUCAAGGAUGUCUUGGUAGCUCUAUGCGGGAAUCCAACCUUGAAGCAGCACGUCAAAGCAAUUAAGCAAAGAGGAUCAUACCGCUUUAUCUCCUGGACAGCUCAUGUUUCCCCGCCGGAGUGGGCGAUGCCUCUCUCCGACGGGAUGGACUUACUACAUCCGGAUGAGAUUUAUUCCCGCCUCGCGAGCGGAGAAGACCCCUUUAUAACACUACUCGCCCUUCAGUCACCAAAUCUGGAGCAGCUCUGCGUCGACUUUCCAAAACAUCGAUUUGACGGUGGUGGGAAAUUACCACUCCUUUUGGAGAAGAUGACGGCAGUACUGGCAGCUCCUUUAGGUUCACCACCUCAAUUCCACUCGCUUCGUGUUCUACGCCUCGACUUGAGAUUCUGGGACCACUUCCCGAUCAAUAGUAUCUACCAGAUUCUUCUUUUGCCCCAGCUCAAGGAUCUUACGCUCGGUCGCUGGGGAGCUGUAUACGAGAGGGACCGGGGAGCGUCUAGACCGGAUCCAGAUCAUCAAGAUUCUCAUGUGCUUGACCAACCUUGGAUAUGGCCCGUACGGUCGUCGCCGAUCGAGAGGCUUUCGUUGCUGUCGUCCAGGGCUCCCGCAUAUAUCAUCGCGAAUCUAGUUACGGCCUGCAAAGCGCUGAAACGGUUCGAAUGCGGCAGCCCAGCCAGAUUUACUGGGGCAGAAUUUCGGUACAACCAGGUCUCCGCGGCCGUCGCGGCGCAUUAUGGCAGCUUGGAGGAGUUAGCUAUUGGCACAAAAGAGUACCAUCCGCCAGAGGACUACGGAGAAUUCAAAUACUGCGAGAAUCUUAAAUUUCUCAAGGUGCUACGGAUUCCGUACCGUGUCCUGAUGAAGCACAACCAUGCAUCCGGUCUUUUGCAACGUCUGCCGCCAGACCUCGAAUUUCUCAUCCUUGACUUCCCGCGGCUGGACCGCCUGAGCUUUGACUUUGACGGCAUUCUCUUGGUGCUAAGAGAAGCUGUCUCUUCAGGUGGCUUUUCUCAGCUGAAGGCGGUUGAGUUCAGGUUACUUGGCGUCGGCGAGCAAGCUGUAGCUGCUGUUCCAGAUAUCCAUAAAUAUAGAUCGGCCUUCCAAGCCGGUGGGACCCGGCUAGAUAUGGCAAUAGCGAUUGGGAAUCCAUUCGACAUGCCGCUUUCACUAGAGACGUCGCAUCGGCUAGAGCAGCUGUUCCCCGGCUUUGUUCGGUAUGUCAAGGGACACCAUCUCAUUUGUGCCUCAACCUGCGAGAGACCACAUACGCCCGUCUUUGAAGAAGAGGAGGAAUAUAUUUCUCGAGAUCCGUAUAGGGAAACUUGGUAGAGAAAGGUGCCGGACGAGCGGAGCUUUCCGCUCUUGUUUCCAUUCAUCAGAGCAUGCGGGUUUUCGCACCCGUUGAGCUACCCUUUCAAAUGUUCGAAGUCGUUCUUGCCUCAACAUGGUACUUGGGUUUUGAUUCAAGUCGCUGGUAACUGGCCCAGCCUUCGCGCCUCUCCCUCGGAUUUGAAUAUGUAUGAAGGGGUAUGGGCAGAGCUACACAUUUGCUUUCUUACAUCAACAGUCCCUUAGAUACCUUCUAGGGCCUGCUGCCGGGCUUUAGCAAAAUCGGCAGCUUGGAGUGGACGGCCUCUGACAGCCUCCUUCCACUUCAUAAAGCAGUGAGCG